AUAUGACAAACACCCUUUUCAAGUUUGAGUUGAAUGUACCUUUCAUUUUGUGUUAUUUCGCUCAAUACAAUUAGAAGCUUAGUAUAGUAUUCUCUUGUCAGCUGUUGGACACGACAAAAGGGCGGCUAUGCGGAAGCACCAACCUAGCAAGAAAAGGCAAAAGUUGACUGUUAGCAAAGCGUGCUAGCCACGGUGCUUUCGAGCUUUUGUUUAAUUCAAAGAUUUGCGGAAUUAUUGAACCGGAGUCCUUUUUGUGAAACCCUACGUAGCUCUCUGUGAGGCUCGGCUGUUUAGUGGGCGUGCUGGUGGUCCACUCAGCUAAGCUAACGUGACCCGUCGUUGGUUGAGUGACAGCCGGCCGGGAUUGCUGGCAGGUCCGUUUUUAAAUGAUGGAGAGUUCCAGCGGCAGCAAGCCAGUCAUGGUGACGUCCUCGCUCAACUUCAAAGUCACCACGCCGUCCUUCUACAACCAGCCAAAGAAGUUUGCCUCUGUGGCCCCGCCGCGGCCUAAGAGCAUGACGCCGCCCUCGGCCCCAUCACCGACACCUCUGGGCACGGGCGUGAUCGGACGUGUUGGCGAUAUCCCCCCGCCACCUCCUAUGCUCUGUGAAGAUUUCCCACCCCCUCCUCCUCCUCCUCCAAUGGAUGACGAAUUGCCUGCUCCUCCCCCUGAAUGCCAGAUCACACCUCUGGCUUCGGACGCCCCCCCGCCGGCUUUUCCGGCUCCCCCACCUGUAGCAGAUGACCUUCCCCUACCUGCCGCUCCAGAGGAGAGUGCCCAUUUGACAAGCUUCCCCACUCCCCCUCCUCCGCCGCCACCACCUCCUCCUGCCGCCAAUACUACCGGUUAUUCCAGCACUGGAGUGAACUCUCAGAGGGUUAUGACCAAGCAAACAAGCCUGGAUAAGCAGAUCGACUCCCUGACAAACAUGCUCUCCGAAAUGGAGACGCGGGGGCCCUUCAACCCUAAGUUGCCAAACCAGUAUUCUUCAGUGCAAUCGGCCAAACCAGCCGGUCCCCCACCAACAGCCCCAAAGCCAGCGCUCUCUUUCCUACCACCUCCCGAAAUGGGCGAUCGCCCCCCUCCUGCACCCUGGGCAGAGGAGUUGAAAGCCCGAACCAACCGACAGGCUAACCACAACUCACCACCACCACCAGUGGCCAAGUCCCCAUUCGGAGCGCGGCUAACUACUUCGUCUUCGUCUCUUGCGAAAAAACUCAACCAAAACCUGAACCAGAACCAGACUCCAAAUUCUGCCAGCAGUCCGCAGAAAACCACCCCCGUGUCCACCAACAGCACUUUUCCUCCAGUUCCGUCCUCUCCACCUGCACCUGCUGCUUCACCAAACAAUAUUGCUGGCACUCACAUCAAGAGUCCUCAGUUUGUCAGUCAGAAUCAAAACAAACCUGUUGCUGUACCUCCUCACCAAACGAAAACUGUGGCAUCUCCUCCGCCAUCUUCCUUCAAUCAGCCAAUGAAAUCGCCUCCUGCAUCUACGCCGUCACCUCCUGGACCAGUGUUAACUUCGGGAGGAGGCGUACCACUCAACAUGAAAGAAGUGGAGGAACUGGAAAGAAUGACCAAGGACUUCAUUAAAAACAUGGACGCCCACCCACCUGUAGGCCCUGCCCCUAUGACCGACCAUUGCGGCAAAUGCGGUGAGGCGCUGUCCCGCACUCAGCCGGCAGUGCGAGCCAUGGAGAAACUUUUUCACUCCAACUGCUUCUGUUGCAUUACAUGCCAUCGCCCCCUGCAGGGAAUGCAGUUCUAUGACAGGAAUGGUUCUCCAGAAUGUGAGGAAUGCUACAUGAAUUCCCUGGCGGUGUGCUCCCGUUGUGGAGAGAGGAUCACAGACCGCGUUCUGAAGGCAGUUGGUCAGUGUUUCCAUUCCCACUGUUUCCGCUGUAGCACCUGCUCCUGCAUACUGGAAGGGGCACCCUUCAUCACGGACGAUAACAACAACCCUUACUGUGUCCAGGAUUACCACAGGCGUUUCUCUCCGCUGUGUGUGAGCUGCAAUGAGCCCAUUAUUCCGGCGCCGGGCAGCGAGGAGACUGUUAGAGUGGUGGCUCUCGACAAGAACUUCCACCUUAAGUGUUACCGCUGCGAAGACUGUGCUCGCCCUCUCUCCAUCGAAGCGGACGAGAACGGCUGCUAUCCGCUGGAUGGCCGCAUCUUGUGUUUGAAGUGCCACGCCAAGCGAGCCAAUUAGAGCAGUCAAGUCCCCUUUUCCCCCUUCUCCUCUUCUGCUUCAAUCUGAACCAAAUCUUAAAGCACAGGUUCCAUACAGGGCUUUUUAUUCAGUGUUUCGUGUGAAUGUCCCACCUGGAAAAAGGGUGCGUUUUGCAUGCCGUACCGCCGAGUCCUCUCGUCGUCCGUUCGUUGGAUCCACUUUAGUGCAGAGGUAAUGUACUGCACCGCCGCAGAUCUCUCUCGUAGACUUCUCGUUGUCGUAUGUUUAUGCUAAAUAAAAUUAAAUAAAAUGCUCCGCGUAUCUUGCACAGACCGCUUGGAUCAAAUAGCAUUCCGGCACACUGCUGGAAAAUAUAUCCUCCUCGAUGACACUUAAUUCAAACUAGUUAAGAGUAGAGAUAGGUAUUAAACGCAUGCUGUACGGCUGCUCAGGUUGCGAACAAAAAGCCGAGCAAAGCUUUACCAGCACAGAUUCCAUUAUGGAAAUCUUUUCAUGUAGCUAACAGCGUCACCAGCUUGCCUCCAAACAGGACCUAUUACAGUUUGUGAUAAUUCUGAAAUCCUUUGUGUUGUCAGUGUCAUUUGGACUUCAAAGUUCACACACACAAUCGUAGGCACCAUUGUUCUGUUGCAUUGUAUAUGAACUUUUUGCUUUAAGUAAUGUAAUAUAUAGACUUUUUUAUGUUGAGCAUAGUGACCAAAUUUUUAGCUGUUUAAUGGAAGUGUUUGGAACUUUUAUUGUGCAUCAUUUACUUAUUUUUGAGCCCUGUUGACCUUUAUCUCCCAUAGAGGUGAAAGUAAACACUUCCAUUAUCUUCCAUGAGUCACAUUUUUUACUUCUGUAUUCUUUUAUGAUAAUGUAUUUCUUUACAUACUGUACGUCUGGCAUUGUGCCUUCACUCUUGAAUUCUGGCGGUCCCUUAAAAUGGAAGCUAGGUUACUUAGGACAAAGUCAUUCCUCACCGAGAAAACAAAAGUGACUCAGCAUCGCAUGCUCGCUGUGUACUGUAGGUGCUGGUUUUUCUCAAGUAUUACCAUAUACGGUCUUCUGCACCAACAGCUCUAAAUGCCUUUGCGUGUUCCAAUACCCAUGACGAUGCCUGCAUUUAUCUGGUGUGAUGUUGCCUUGUCCUUUUUGUAUUACUUUUUUAUAUAAACAACUGUUUGAUAUGUGUGAAUGUAUUAUGUGUUUCAAACAUUUGGCCCUAUUUCCCAAAAAUAAAUAAAUAAAAUGUUGGAUGUUUUUGAUUCUUCUUAACU